AUGGAUAUGAGAAAUGACUAUGGUUAUAGGAUGCCCCAGUUCCAGGGCCUUCUGCCUCCCCCUGGGAGCUUGGGGCUUCACCUCCCUCCAGAUGUACAGGCUGAGACCACUGAAGAGGACAGUGUCUUGCCGAUGCAUACCCUCUUGGUAGCAACAAAGGACCUCCUGGCUAUGGACCCAACAGUUGCCAACUGGCCUAAAAAAAGCAAGACCAAUAUUAUUAAGGCUAUUACUAAAACAACACUUGCCAAUGUGAUUACCAUCAACAAGCCUAGAAUACCUUUGCAGGUUUUAAAACUGCCAAUCAUCCCACAGAUCAAUCAGGCUUCAGCUACCACAGAGGCAGCCAAUAUUCAGGCUGCUUCAGUCACUGCUCAGCCUAAGAAAGCCAACAAGACAAAAAGAAUUACUGCUAAGGCAGCCAAAGGCCCCCUAUCUCCAGCUGGCAGUGAUGUCACUACACAGAUCAAGUCACUCUUGCAGGCCCUAAACCUACCAGUCAUGCCACAAUUCCAGGCUCCACUUGCCAGUGAGUUAGCCAAUUCCCAGGCCUUAGUAGCCUAUAAGCCUAAGAAAGCUUUCAAGGCUAAGAAGGCUGCUAAUUAGACCGUAUAUAGUACCAACGAGAUCUCUAUGGCUUCAAACACCACCCGCACACCUACCACCCAAGGCCAAAUUACCAAUGAGACAACCAGUAUCCAGGCCACAGAAGCCUCCAUUCAAACUAAGAAAGCCUCCAAAGACAAGAGGGCAACUAUUUACGGCACAAAGGCUGACACUAAGAUUCUAGAGCCCCCGAAUACCACUGAGAGAAUUAUCAGGCAGAUUGAGCCCUCAACAGCAGCUAUCUGGCCCAAAAAAUUCAAAGGCAAGAAGGCUGCCAAUAAGGGCAUACAUUUUUCCUAAGAGAUUUCUGAAGCCCCACCUGCCAUUCAAAUAGUCACAAACCAAGCCCUAGCAGCCACCCUCCAGGUCAAGAGAGGGUCCAGGGUUUAGAAGGCUUCCACUAAGGCCUGGGUAGCUGAAAGCCACACUUAAAUUGUUGACCAAGGAGCCCAGGCUAAGAUGGCCAGCUCUCAGACCAACAUAAGUGCCCUUGAGACUCAGGUUGCUGCUACUGUCCAGGCCUUGGCCGAUGACUACCUGGCUCAGUUGAGUCUGGAGCCCACAACCAGGACCCGGGGCAAGAGGAACCGAAAGUUCAAAUAUCUGAAUGGGGAUGAGAGAGGUGGCCAUAAUUAUAGAUGGAUCCCAUGGGGCCACAGACUUCAACCACCCCGAGAUGUGGCCAUUUUGCAAGAAAGGGCAAAUAAAUUGGUGAAAUACCUGUUGGUUAUACCAAAGAUCCCCAUCAAGCGCUCAGACAUGCUGAAACAUGUCAUCCAAGAAUAUAAUGACUAUUUCCUAGAGAUCAUUUAACAAGCAAGCUACGCUCUGGAAAAGAUUAAAGGGCUGAUGUUUUGAGUCAAUCUGAAGGAAAUUGGUAAGCAAAGUAGCUUCUUGUAUAUUCUCAUCAGCACUCAGGAAUCCUCUGCAGGCAUACUUGGAACAUAAGACCAAGGACUCCCCAAACUAAGUCUUAUCAUGGUGAUUCUGAAUGUCAUUUUUAUGAAUGGCAACAAGGCUAGUGAGGCUGUCAUCUGGGAGGUGCUGUGCAAGUUGGGGCCCUGGCUUGGACCUGGGGUGAGGCACUUGCUCUUUGGGGAAGUGAGGAAACUCAUCACAGACGAGUUUGUGAAGCAGAAGUACCUGGAAUACAAGAGGGUUCCCAACAGCAGACCACGUGAAUAUGAGUUCUCCUGGGGCUUGUGCUCCUACCAUGAGACUAGCAAGAUGAAAGUUCUCAAGUUUGCCCGCAAGGUACAGAAGAAAGACCCCAAGGACUGAGCUGCUCAAUAUCGGGAGGCAGUAGAGAUGGAAGUCCAGGCCGCAGCUGUGACUGUGGCUGAGGCAGAGGCUGAGGCCAGGGUUUAUUUUCCAUGUUUACAGACACCACUAAACAGUUGCAGCAGUCCUCCUUCCCAUGGAGCCAAGGUACACCCUUGGAAUCUUUGUCCACCCAGCAGUCUAAGCAGAUACUACCAAUCCACUGAGGUUGACAUGUUAUGAAAAAUCUGGUUGCCAAUCCUGCUUUAUUGUUUGCUUUCCAUGUGCUAUCAUAUUUUAGCAUCAGAGUUACAUUAAAUUUGUAAAAUGAAUUGAAGGUGUUUUUUUUUUUGUUUUCUUUUAUUAUGCUUAGGUUGUUGUUAGUGAUAUUUUAGGUUCAUAGAAGAGCUAAAGAUCAGCAUAGCUCUUUGGGUAAGGUGGAGUCCAUCUUUAGGCUAAAAGGAAAGUAUGAUUUCAGUGGGGUAGAGACCUGGGGAAAGCAUGGCAGGCAAGGGGAUAAUAGCU